AUGACGGCUGCCCAUUGUGUGAUCGGUACUUGGUACGUUCAUGUGUUUAUUGGUUGCGAUUCAACCGAAGACCUGCAUGCCUGUGAUCAAAUCUACGCGAUCUUUGAUCCCCAAUCCAUCAUCUUGCACAAAAAUUACGACGACACUAAUCUGUUUGAAGGCAACGACAUCGCUUUGUUGCGGCUUCCCACGUCCGUUGCUGUUAACAAUCGAGCAGGCCUCGUUUGCCUGCCGAGUGUCCCAAGACCAGAAGAUUUAGAGACCAUCGAAGUAGCUGGAUGGGGACAGGUCUGCAUUGAUUGUGGAUCAAGUGCCAUCUUGAAAACAGCAACAAUGCAUCUUUUAGAUGUAGCCUCUUGCAAAUCUGGUUGGAUUCCAAGUUAUCCCUCUGCAUUGACGGAGAAGAUCCUUUGUACUACGAACGCCACGGGUCAAGUUUAUUUCGGCGAUUCGGGUGAUUUGGUGGUUGCGAAGAGACGACGGGCGUUAUGA